GUAUAUUUGUAUUUCUUUCCAAUAGGUACGGUUCCAUUAUUAUUAUUGCGUGUUUUCCAGACGAAAAACGAAUCAACUUUAACGUUCCAGUGUGGACCAGUAGAUGGCGCUCUUUCUAAACGCGCCGCAGCUGAGGAGCUGCUCACGCCGUCCCUCAGUCAGCCAGUGCUCCAUCCGCUCAGACGAACUGAGCACGGUCCUGUGUUUCUCUCUAUUUCCUGGACAUUUAACCGGAUUAUGGACACAAUCGGAACCGAUUAAAGGAAAGGAGCGUGUCUCUCUCUCUCUCUCUGUCUCCGCGGUACCAGUCGGACCGAGCAGCCGCGCGCAGGACGCACGCGGUUGGAUUCCGGCCGAAGUUGUUCGCGGCUCAACGCGGGGCAACCGGGAAGUUGCUGGUUUCUUAAAAAAAAUCGCAGCUCUCCUCCUCCAAGUCGCCGCGACUCCGCCGGGAAGUUAUGGUCUUCACGCCGACCGCCGUCGCGCGGACUUGCACCAUGCCACGUGGACCCGGCGCCUUCUACGCGCGUGGAGAAUGACUGCGACCGGCGGCGACCUUUCCACUAUGGUGAGGAGAUGUCUCCUCACUUUCAAACCAUUCAGGAUCUUCGUGUUGGGGAUUGGCUUCUUCAGCCUGUGCUUUCUAAUGACCUCUCUCGGGGGCCAGUUCUCGGCCAAGCGACCCGGAGACUCCCCCUUCACCGCGCGAGCCGAAGUACUCGGUGUUCAGGAGUCUCGUGGGGUGCUGAGGAAAAUCAGUGACAUGCUGGAGGUCAUCAUGAAGAGGAUGGACACUCUGUCUAAACUGGGAAACACCACAGACACCCACAGGCUGGACGAGCUCAGCUCGGCACUAGACAGGAUUCAGCCUAUAGGGCUCGUGGAGCGCAUCCAAGCCAUAGCCCAGAACAUGUCGGACAUGGCAGUGAGGGUGGAGCAGAUCCUGCAGCGCAGCAUGGCCAAUAACAGAGCUAGGGAUGGAACGUUAGGACAAUGUGAGAUGCCUAAAGAUCCCCGUUAUCCAGACUGUCCCAGCAAGAUGGAUUGGAUGCGUGCCCGCUGGACCUCGGACCCUUGCUAUGCCUAUUACGGCGUGGACGGCUCUGACUGCUCCUUCCUCGUCUACCUGAGUGAAGUGGAGUGGUUCUGCCCCCCACUGGCCUGGAGGAACCAGACGGCCACGCCGACCCUGAAGCCCCCGCCCAAGAGACAGGCUGUUUUCCAGUCGGACGUUGGGACUCUGCUGGAGCAGGUGGGCACCGGGAAGGAAUCGCUGAGCUUCAUGAAGCGACGCAUACGCAGGCUGGCUGCACAAUGGGCGUCUGCCGCCCGCCGGCUGGAUGACAAGCUCCGCCACCACUGGAGGGAGCAGAAACGGAUUCUCGUCCAUGUGGGCUUCCUGACAGAGGAGUCCGGGGACGUGUUCAGUCCCAAGGUGCUGAAGGGGGGUCCUCUGGGUGAGAUGGUGCAAUGGGCCGACAUCCUCACCGUCCUCCAUGUGCUGGGGCACGACCUCAAGAUCUCGGUUUCGCUCAAGGAGCUGCACGGGUUUUUGGGCGUACCUCCAGGAAGAGGAAGUUGCCCACUGACGGGACCUCUGCCCUUUGACCUCAUCUACACCGACUACCACGGCCUGCAGCAGAUGAAGCAACACAUGGGUCUUUCACUGAGGAAGCACAAGUGCCACAUCCGAGUCAUUGACACCUUUGGCACCGAGCCGGCUUACAACCACGAGGAAUACGCCACGCUGCACGGCUACAGAACCAACUGGGGCUACUGGAACCUGCAUGGCCAACAGUACAUGACCAUGUUCCCCCACACUCCAGACAACUCUUUCAUGGGUUUUGUGGCAGAGGAACUGAAUGAGACGGAGAGACUGAACAUUCAGAGGAACAAGGUUAACAAUAUGGCUGUGGUGUAUGGAAAAGAAUCCAGCAUGUGGAAGCUUCAAGGGAAGGAGAAGUUCCUGACCAUUCUGCAUCGCUACAUGGAGAUCCAUGGGACGGUGUACUACGAGACACAGCGGCCGCCAGAGGUCCCUGCUUUUGUCAAGAACCAUGGUCUGCUGCCGCAGCAGGAGCUGCAGCAGCUACUCAGAAAGGCCAAGCUUUUCAUUGGAUUUGGCUUUCCGUAUGAAGGUCCCGCCCCUCUGGAGGCCAUAGCCAAUGGCUGCAUCUUCCUGCAGCCCAAGUUUAAUCCCCCCCACAGCUCUCUCAAUCACGACUUCUUCAGAGGGAAGCCCACCUCCAGGAAGGUGUCCUCGCAGCAUCCCUAUGCAGAGCAGUAUAUUGGCAGGCCGCACGUCAUCACAGUCGACUUCAAUAACACCGAAGAGUUGGACGCAGCCAUUCGUGAGAUCAUGAGGGUCAACGUGGAGCCGUUCCUGCCCUAUGAGUACACCUGUGAGGGGAUGCUUGAAAGAGUUCAUGCCUACAUUCAGAACCAGGACUUCUGUUCUCCUGAAGCUCCGUUUCCUCCAGUGAACUCAUCCAGGACCUGGCCCGGCAGCCCUCCAAGCCCUUUCAUCCUCCUACCCAACUCCAGCUUCCUUUCCUGGGCCUCCAACUCCAGCUCCCACACGUCCUGGCCUCCCCUCAGUGCACUGCGGCUUUUGGCUUCGCCGGAGGGCCAAUCGUGUGUGAAGGCGUGCCGGAGCGCAGGACUAAUCUGCGAACCCGCCUUGUAUCAUUUCAUCAACAUUAAGGAGGCCUUCAGCGCGCUGGAUUUCCAGUGUGAGGGACUGGAGUCAGAGAUGAACCACCUCUUCCCCGCCUUCUCGGCAGAGCAUGCUGAAUGUGGGCUGCAGCAGGACCCGCUGCUGUUCAGCUGCGCCGGCUCCAGCACCAAAUUCCAGCGCCUGUGUCCCUGCAGGGACUAUCGCAUCGGCCAGGUGGCACUGUGCAGGGACUGCCUAUGACCAGAGCGGCUUUUCUGAUUGUUGGCGAGAGCCAGGCUGUCGCAGGAAAAAGGCCUUUGACCCCGACAGUCUGUGGUCAAAAAGCUGCAAUUCAUAAACGAUGACUCUACUUUCUUACCUCGGAGUAGCUGCCAAAGUAGGUGAAGUGGUCAAAUCGUCUCAGGGAAAUGCAUGAUUGUACUUUGAGUCUGGUGAGUUGGAAGCCCGAGUUUCGAGGUUUACAUGGCAGCACCAGGACCGCGGUCGGUCCAAAGGUCACGAGGAAAUGUGUCACAUGAUGGAUCAGUUAGAUUAGUAAAGAAAUCGUGUGCAAUCAAAAGGAAAUCUUUGAUAAUAAAAAAAAAUGUUGCUAAUGCUUGAAUUCCACAAGUGUGUUUGCUCAGUGUUGUGUGAAAACCUACAGUAUCAUAGUGGAGUUUGGAUAUUUGUACAAGAUGCAUCCAAAGCCAUUUGCACCGUGCUGAGAUGUACUAUUUUACAUGUCCUGUCACGAAAAAAUUUGUACAUAGGUGUUGUUUAAUAAAAUAGAGGGGGAAA